AAGAAGAAGAAGAAGAAGAAGAAGAAAGAGGGAAGGAGAUCGAAAACCUGUAAUGGCAGGGCGCUACGGUCCUCUGAGAGUCUCUGCUCCCUCUCCGUCCUCGAGGCUCAUCAUUCUGCUGACGCUCCUCCCCCUCGCUCUCGCGGCCUUCGCGUUCGUCCUUCAAUGGCGAGGAGGCCUCGUUGAUCCUUCCAGUCGAUGGCCCGGCGAGCCGCCCUCGUUUCCAGGCAUGGUGGAUAGCCCCCCCGUAGCUAGGCCUUCCUUGUUGUCGACAGUUGAUUGCUCCGAUCGAUCCCACCGUGGUUCAUCCUCCGGAUUCCCAUACUUUAAGGGGCGCGGAUUCGAUUUCCCUGCCGAGCAGCAUCCUAAGAUUUGCAUUACAACAAGUACAUCAGCUGGUUUAGAUCAGCUUCUACCAUGGAUAUUCUAUCAUAAAAUCAUGGGAGUUUCCAACUACUUUUUGUUUGUGGAGGGAAAAGCUGCAUCUUCAAAUGCCACUGCCGUCUUGGAGGCUAUCCCCGGAGUGAAAGUGAUAUACCGAACCAAAGAAUUGGAGGAACAGCAGGCUAGAAGCCGUAUUUGGAAUGAGACUUGGUUGUCAUCUUUCUUUUACAAGCCUUGCAACUAUGAGCUAUUUGUCAAACAGACACUUAACAUGGAGAUGGCUAUUGUGAUGGCACGGGAUGCAGGCAUGGAUUGGAUUAUUCAUCUUGACACUGAUGAACUUGUUCAUCCAGCUGGUGCUCGGGAAUACUCACUUAAAAGUUUGUUCAAAGAUGUUCCAGAAAAUGUUGAUAUUGUCAUUUUUCCAAAUUAUGAGAGUUGUAUUGAGCGAGAUGACAUAAAGGAACCCUUUGUUGAGGUCUCUAUGUUCAAGAAGAACUAUGAUCAUCUCACGAAGGAGAUGUACUUUGGCAAUUACAAGGAAGCAACUCGUGGUAACCCUAAUUAUUUUCUGACUUAUGGAAAUGGAAAGUCAGCUGCUCGUGUCCAAGAUCAUCUGCGUCCUAACGGUGCGCAUAGGUGGCAUAACUACAUCAAGACACCAAAUGAGGUCAAGCUGGAGGAGGCUGCAGUUCUACACUAUUCUUACACCAAAUUCUCAGACAUUACUUCUAGACGUGCCCGCUGUCGUUGCAAGGCCACGAAGGAGGAUCUUAAUAGGUGUUUCAUGAUCGACUUCGACAAAAUUGCGUACAUAAUUGCUUCAACCGCGUCCGAAGAGGAGAUGCGUCAGUGGUAUCGCAAGCAAGUGGUCUGGGCCGAUGAAGCUUUGAAGCUGAAGCUUCUCAAAAAAGGCAUUCUCACCCGAAUUGAUGCCCCCUCGGUUAUAAUUCAAGGCUUGAAGGAUUCUGGCAUUUUCAGCUCGUUUCUUGAAUCUAGAAAAGAUUCGGUGCCAAAGGAAAACAUCUCCUCCUCCAUGGAACGUCCAAAGGACACCAACAUCUCACAAGUACCACAUACACAUACAGUGUUGAAGAUGAAGCCACUUCCAGCAAGGAGGAGGAACGGGGGAAAGCAUCAAGCAGUUGCUCGAAGAACCCUGGCUUCCAUUGAUGCUUUGGCGAAAGCAGUGCCUCCGCGCCCCUCACCUGCUGGGAGGCGGACGAGGGCCAACUUCACAUCUUAAUUGCCUCUUUCUGUUUAAUGAUCCUUGGUGAGUUGGUGUGAUGAUUGAUAUCACGACAUAAAGGGGGAACAGGAGAGAGUGAGAAAGAGCAGUUUGGGUGUCAACUGUUCUGCUUAUUGGCGCCUCUUUCCUGCCAUUACGCAAACACUGUUGUAAAGUUCACGUUCCGGUGCUGUCUCACGGGUUAACGGAAUACGGGACUUUUCCAACUUCUGAUGAGGACUUCAAUCGUCCAUUUGCGAAUCGAUGGUUUGGUGUAUAAAUUACAGGCCGGAGAAGGGGAACGCUGGGUUGCUCGCAGAAGAUCCGGUAUCUGCUGAAGGAAUGUAGAUUAGUUUAUUCUUUUUUUCUCUUUAAUCCUUUUUUUAUUCGAUGCUUGGA